AACACCGCCCAUGCAUUGUUUUCUUUUUCGGCCCAAGACGACUAAAUGAGUUGAAGACGUCGCAUGCUCGCGGGAAGCGCGAACCGGUAGAGGAGGUGGUGACAGCAUCAUCUCUUCGGAUCAAAGCUUGUCUAACUUAUAUUCGAUACUUGCGAAUUUGAGUCUUGUAAAAUAAUUUAUGAAAUUGAACGGUCGAUACCUGAUCGAGCCUAGAAGCAAGCAAGGGUUUUUGUCCAUGUUCUGUUUUUGGCAAUUGAACUUGGUGGCUUUGGUUGGUGUGUAAUAAUAUUAUGGAGGAAGAUGAGGACAGGGUUUUGCUUAAUAUUUUGGGCGUAGAGUCUGCCAAUCAUGAAUGCAUCGAAAGAGACGUAUUAGCUGAGGCACGGAAUGACGUGGUGACCAUUAUUGAAGCUGAUAGGAGCUCAAAGGAAGAAUCUCCUCAGAAAUAUGAAAACGUUGGUCCAUCAUCUAUUAGCAAAGCAGAACUUUAUCAUAAGUUGAGGGCAGUAGAUUUUGAAAUAAAUGCAGUUGCUUCCACUAUCCAAGAAGUGAGAAAUGUUGAAAGUGAUGGAGAUUGUAUUGAUGGAGGUCCUGACAACAGGGAGCAAGGGACUACCAAGGAUAAUUCUUCUAAUGAUUUGAAUCUUCAACAUGUUCUUGCUACUGAUAGGUUAGAAAGCCUAAAGAAGACAAAGGCUCAACUAGAAAAGGAUCUUUCAGAUUUGUUCAAGAAGAAGCCUUGCAAGAGUAUUGAUCAGGACAAAGAGAACGAGAUCUUUAAUUUGGUUGAGGAAGAGCGAAGAUCAAAGAGGAAGCCUAAAGAAGUUAAAAGUUUACCAAAAGGCUCAGGGAAACGGCAUAAAACAGUUUCAUUUAAUGAUGAUGUUGAUUUUGAUGCAGUUUUAGAUGCUGCCUCGGCAGGCUUUGUUGAGACUGAAAGGGACCAAUUGGUAAGGAAAGGGAUUUUGACCCCAUUUUCUAACCUGAAGGGCUUUGAGCGCCGCUUUCAACAAUCAGAAACAUCUAGUAGUUAUGAUGCAAGUCAGGAAGAAAAGACUGAUGAUCUUGCUUCUUCUAGUCUUGAAAGAGCUGCCCAAUCAAUAUCUGAGGCAGCAAGAGCUCGCCCAACCACCAAGUUGCUUGAGUCUGAAGAUCUCCCGAAGCUUGACCCACCGACCCAUCCUUUUGUUAGACUCAAAGUACCACUAAAAGUUUCUCAGUCCCAAGAAAGAGAUCUAGAGAAGAAAAAUAAUUUGAAAAGGCAAAAAAGGCGAUCUUUACCUGGUAGGAAAUGGACAAAGCGUGUUUCUAGUGAGGAAAUACAUUCAAGAGAGACUGUUGGUGCAUGCUUUCCAGAGGAAGCAAGUGGUUGCAUGGAUCCUUCCAGUUGCGAAAACUUGGAUGCUCAGGAUUUUGAACGUGCUGUUCAUGAACCUUCUUUUAUAACAUUAGAAGGCGGGCUAAAAAUCCCUGAGAAUAUUUUUGAUGCACUGUUUGACUAUCAAAAGGUUGGUGUUCAGUGGCUGUGGGAAUUGCAUUGCCAAAGAGCUGGUGGAAUUAUUGGUGAUGAGAUGGGUCUUGGUAAAACCAUCCAGGUUUUAUCUUUCCUCGGUGCAUUGCAUUUUAGUGGCAUGUACAAACCAAGCAUUAUCAUUUGUCCUGUGACCCUCUUGCGACAGUGGAAAAGGGAAGUUCAAAAAUGGUACCCAAAAUUUCAUGCAGAGCUUUUACAUGAUUCUGCACGAGACCCUGUUGCUGGAAAGAAGCAAUCCAAAUGUGAUGAAUCAGACUAUGAUAGUAAUAGCUCAAGUGACAGUGACUAUGAGACCAGUAUUCAAUCAAAAAACACAAGGAAAUGGGAAUCCCUGAUAAGUCGUGUAAUGAGAUCAGAAUCUGGAUUGCUUAUCACAACAUAUGAGCAGCUGAGAAUCUUGAGGGACCUGUUACUUGACAUUGAAUGGGGAUAUGCAAUUCUUGAUGAAGGACACAGAAUAAGGAAUCCAAAUGCUGAAGUUACCCUAGUUUGCAAACAGCUACAGACUGUACACCGCAUCAUAAUGACUGGCUCACCUAUACAGAACAAACUGACUGAACUGUGGUCAUUGUUUGAUUUUGUUUUCCCUGGAAAGUUGGGUGUUUUGCCUGUAUUUGAAGCUGAGUUUGCUGUUCCUAUAGCGGUUGGUGGAUAUGCAAAUGCUUCACCAUUACAAGUAUCAACAGCAUACAGGUGUGCUGUGGUGCUUCGUGAUUUGAUCACACCUUAUCUUCUUCGACGGAUGAAAGAAGAUGUGGAUGCCCAGCUUCCAAAGAAAACUGAGCAUGUUUUAUUUUGUAGCCUUACUACUGAGCAAGUAUCUGCUUAUAGAGCAUUUUUGGCAAGCUCUGAAGUGGAGCAAAUCUUGGAUGGACGGAAGAAUUCUCUUUAUGGAAUUGAUGUUAUGCGCAAGAUUUGCAACCACCCUGACUUGCUUGAAAGGGAACAUGCAUACAGCAAUCCAGACUAUGGAAAUCCAGAACGCAGUGGAAAAAUGAAAGUUGUGGCACAGGUGCUUAAUGUUUGGAAGGAACAAGGUCAUCGGGUUCUUCUUUUUACUCAAACCCAACAAAUGCUUGACAUUCUUGAGAAUUUUUUGACCACUUCUGGUCAUAAUUACCGGAGAAUGGAUGGAGUCACUCCCAUAAAACAAAGGAUGGCUUUAAUUGAUGAAUUUAAUGAGUCAAGGGAAGUAUUUAUAUUCAUUUUAACAACUAAGGUUGGGGGUUUGGGGACGAAUCUUACUGGUGCAGACAGGGUGAUUAUUUUUGACCCUGAUUGGAAUCCUUCAACUGACGUUCAGGCCAGAGAACGAGCUUGGCGAAUUGGUCAGACACGGGAUGUGACAGUAUAUAGGUUGAUCACACGUGGAACUAUAGAGGAGAAAGUGUAUCACCGCCAGAUUUACAAACAUUUUCUUACCAAUAAGAUAUUGAAGAAUCCACAGCAGAAAAGAUUCUUUAAAGCUCGGGAUAUGAAAGAUCUUUUUACACUGAAUGUGGAUGAUAAAAGUGGGUCAACUGAAACGUCAACUAUUUUCAGUCAAAUGUCUGAAGAUGUAAAUAUUGUUGGGGCAUAUGAAGAUAAGCAGGAUAAUCGUAAACAUCCCCAAACUGCUGAACCAGGUUCUGAUGAUGUUGUAGUUAAUAGCGAUGUCAGGUCAAAAACAAGAUCGGUCAAGGGAAAGGGAAAAGAGAAAACAGAUCAUCUUGAUGAAGCAGAUGAGGAAACAAAUAUAUUGAAAAGUCUUUUUGAUGCCUAUGGGUUACAUAGUGCUGUGAACCAUGAUUUGAUCAUGAAUGCCAAUGAUGAGGAGAAGAUGAGACUUGAGGAGCAAGCUUCCCUGGUUGCACAGAGAGCUGCAGAAGCUUUACGUCAGUCACGAAAGCUCCGAAGUCGUGACAGCAUUGCUGUUCCUACGUGGACUGGAAGGUCAGGAGCUGCUGGUGCACCAUCAUCUUUUCAUCGGAAGUUUGGUUCGACCGUGAAUUCCCAGUUGGUAAAUAAUUGCAAGGUAUCUGAUGAAUUGCCUGGUGAUGGAAUUAGAAAACUAAAUGGAUCUGCUGCUGGGGUAUCAUCUGGCAAGGCCUUAUCUUCUGCUGAACUUUUGGCUCAAAUCCGGGGUAACCAAGAAAAAGCCAUUGGUGCUGGGCUAGAACGCCAGUUUGGUAUGGCCAUCAACCCAUCUAAUCAAGCAAGAUCUGUGGAUGUUGGAUCCUCUAGGGCAUCUAAAAAGGUAGAUGGAGUGCAACCUGAGGUAUUGAUUCGGCAAAUCUGUACAUUUCUACAACAGAGAGGUGGUCGUUCUGAUUCAUCCAGCAUAGUUCAGCAUUUUAAGAACAGGAUACCCUCGACAGAUCUUGCCCUGUUCAAGAAUCUGUUAAAGGAAAUAGCAACUCUGGAAAAAGGACCGAAUGGAUCACAUUGGAUUCUGAAGCCAGACUAUCAAGAAUAAUGAGCAAGUCACACCCGACUGGUAAAUUGUGUUGAUGGGAUAGCCUGUCCUCUGUCUCUGAAGCCUGUUUCUUCGAGUUGUCAAGGGCGAUAUUUUUUGACUAGUUUGAGUUAUGGGGAUUGGGGAUUGUAGAUUUUUUUUUCCAUGCUAUUUCACAACUGAUAUGUGGUUAGACAUGAGGUUAAUCUGCUCUUAUCUAAAUUUAGGUUGGGCAGAUUGAACUUAGAUGAAGCCAUCAGUGAAACUAACGAGAGUUGUAGAGUCUUCUUUUCAAAUAUGAUCGCUAUGUUGUGGCUAGAAAAAAUGUUCACUACAUUUUUGCAGGAUACUGCUGGAAAGAAAGUACCCCUUAGAUGUAUAUAUUUUAUCCAAGGUA